GGCUAGACGGGCGUGUAGGGGAAGAGGCGGAGGUAUGGAACGGGUGAGGAACCUACGGUCGCGGUCCAUGAACGCCAUCUCGUCGCUCUCGGGAGUGGGCGCGUCGUCGCUGGAGAACCUUCAGGACGGCAUGCUCGGCAUGCCCUUUGCCAACCAGUUUGAACCGGCACUACGGACGCUUCAACGAGUGGCUGCCACUCCUGGUCGCGCUGUUGCUGCUCUCUCUCAUCGCGUCCUUCCGAACCUCUCGCCGCCUUCUUCGGUCACUCGCUUUGCUCGCCGUGCCCGAGAAGGCGUUCUCCGCUCGCGGACCACCGCGAGGCACCGCAACAAGCGCCGCACACGCGUCCGCGUCGCCGUCGACAGUGAUGCUGCUGGCCGCGGUGUCGGAAGUGGCGAGGCGGAAAGUACUGCUGACAGUGGAGAUGCUGGCGAUGGGCUGGACGAUGAGGGCCUCACUGUCCGGGUGCAUGUGAGGCAGGACUCGAUCGGAUCGGGCUGGGGCUCGGGCUGGGAGAGCGAGGACGAGAGCGGCGGCGGAGAUAGUCCUGCUGGGCAUGCUGGUCCUGUGAGUGGCUACACCUACGAGUACGAGUACGAGUACGAGUACGAGUACGAGGUGGAUCUCUUUGCCGAGGUGCCGGACGAGAUUGUGAUGCACAUCAUGAUCGAAUGGCUCUCGGUGUACGAUGUGGUCAUGCUGUCGUCAACCUGCCGGCGGCUGCGGCGUCUUGGCGGCGACCGCUUGCUGUGGCGGGCCAAGUACCUUUCGCUCUUUAUGCCGUUUCCGGGUAUGCACCUAGUGACCGACUGGAAGAACUACUUUGUGACCAAGGUGGAGACGGAGCAAAACUGGAACUACGGGCGGUGCCAGUGUUUUGAUCUGGACUUGAGCAUUGCCGACGACGUGGCGGCGCUGGCGGGGCUUGAUGCUGCUGACAACCUCCCGUCGCCGCACAUUGCGCGGUUUGUCAAGAUUGUCGAGCCGUGGAUUGUGGUCGCCGACGAGCGCGGCCAGGUCCUUGUCUACUCGCUGGUGACCCACCGGGUGGAGGAUGUGAUGAUGACGUUUGGCAAGGCGCUGUGCAUGGACUUUGACGGCGAGCAAGUGGUUAUUGGUGGCGAACCUUCACGGGUGGCGCUCUACUCGGUCCACACCUCGACCCGGACCCACGAGUUUGUGGGCCACAACGACUCAGUCACGUGCGUGGUUCUUGCCGGCGGCCUAGUCGGCUCGGGCUCGUUUGACGGUACCGUGAGAGUGUGGGACAUGAUGACCGGCGAGUGCCUCACUGUUGUCCACCACCUCAACUUUGUCUCGUCGAUCGACAUCGACGACGGGACGCUGGUCUCAGCCUCGCGCGCCGACCGCCACAUCAAGGUCUGGGACAUUUCCAGCGGCACCGAGCUGGCGACGCUCGAGCUGCGAAGGGCAGUUACCCGAGUUCAGUUCAACGGCGGCGAGCUGGUUGCCUCGCUUGCCUCGUGCCUCCGCAUGGAGCUGUGGGACCUCGCGAGCUGUACCAAGGCCAAGACGCUGCGAGUCACCUCGCGGCAGCAUGUCGGCCAUCUGCAAAUUGACGGGCGCCGGUUGGUGGCGGGCGCCAGCUCGCAGCUCACUGUCUACGACACGUCUGCAGUCUCGUGCAUCAACAUCGGCUCCGAGUUUGGCUUUGGCGUCUCCAUCACCCGUGCCUUUGGUGCAGAGAUCGAGCCGCUCUAUGCGCUCUCGGGCCACAUCGCCGAGAUCAGCAGUCUUGCUUUUGACGAGUGGCGCAUUGUGUCGGCCUCGGCCGACGGCGUCAAGCUCUGGAACUUUGUGCCUGUCCAAGACGACGCGCCCGACGGCGCCAUUGCGCCGUCGCCUCGGCUGGCGCAGCUGCGGGCGCUGCCGCGACUCAAGGAAAAGUUCUCACUUGCGCUCCCGCUCGCCACUGGUUGGUCGCGUCGGACGUCGUCGCCAGAGCCCACGCCACGGACUGUAGCGUACGCUGACAUAAUGCGGCUCGAGAACCGGGCGCGGGUGGCGGAUGUCGCAGGCCCGUCGGGUGGCUCGCAGGCGGCGGCGUCGACAGCCGAGACGUCCGGCGGCGGCAGCGCGCACACCACUGCGGUUAGCGAGCCUGACCUGCCGGGCACUGAGCCGGCAGCUGGCGCGAGUGAUGACGCCAUCGUGGACUCACCAAUGGCGAUGCGUCGGAGCUCGAGCUCGCGCCGGCUCCGCGAAGUGUCUGUACGCGAGUUGUGGGCGUGGGUGGUCCAGCACCCGUGGUUCCAAUUCCCGGUCCUCCUCUACGUGUGGUACCUGUGGGUAGCAUACGAGUCGGGCGUGGAGUACUCGAACGCGCUCUCGAAGCGUGCGUCGAAUCCCGUGCGCAAGUGGGUGCGGUCGUCGCUGAUCUGGAUGCCGCUGGCAUUGCCUGCGGGAAUGAUGGCAGGCUUUGCGCUGCUGACCGAGGUGCCGAUGCGGCGGCGACCCGAAGUGUAUGUAGGCGUGUUCUGUGGGCUGGUGCUCCCAUGGGUGGUGCACUCGUACCGGCGGCCGAAGAUCAUCACGCGGUGGAUGCGGCUGCUGUUUUCUGUCCUCGAGUUUGUACUCAUCAUGGUGACGUGCGUGGUGCUCAUCGAGAUGUGCGCGUCCGAGGUAGUGAUGUGGCGACUGCACUGCGUGGUCUCUGCAGGCUACUCUGUGGGCAAGGGCCUGCUCUACUCUGUGGCCGCGCUCGAGCCGUCGCGACAGUACGAGAUGCAGACGACACUCUUCUACACCCCGCUCAUCGGACUUGCCACCGGGACAGCGUUUGCGGUUGAUGGGGCGCGGUCUGCGGUCCUGAUCAUCAUCUCGAUUGUGUUCUCGUUCCUCCACGCCGCCACCGACGGCGCGACCGGCGACGUGAUGGACAACAUGUUCUCGGUGGUGGCAGCCUCGUUCCUGGGGGUGGCCUUUCCGUUCUCGGCAGACCUCAUGCUCACCGCCAUCGAGUUUUCGGUCCACUGGGCCCUGGUCCACGUUGUCGACAAGUCGUCGGUCGACGAGUGGUGGGAGGCGUGGCUUGCCGACCACCGGUCGGGCUUCUCCACCACAUACAUCCGCCUGGCCUCGUUCUUUGUCGUCGGCGCCUCGUCGCUCGCCUUUAUCAAGUACGUCCGCAAGUCAAGGUUCCACACUUGGCGCGAGCCCAUCAUCCGAGUCUCGUUCUGGGUCUACUGGCUCCUUCUCUUUGGCGUCAUCUACGACAUGUGGGUAUGGAUGUGGGCCAAGCUCCCUGUCUCGUGACCCAUGCCGAUCAAUGUGCCAAAAUGAACCUUGUAAUAGCUAC